CUUCUUCUCUACAAUCAAUCAAGCCAUUUAUCUUCGUCUCUCCAUGCAUAGAAAUCGAUCUGUGUCUGAAUCGAUGCCGAGUAGUACAGCGACGAUGGUGGGUUCAUCGAGCUCAUGGUCUCUGGCGUUGGUGCGAAUCUCUCCGUACACAUUCUCCGCCAUCGGAAUCGCAAUCGCCAUAGGUGUUUCUGUUCUCGGCGCUGCUUGGGGAAUAUAUAUAACCGGAAGUAGUUUGAUUGGAGCUGCUAUUAAAGCCCCCAGAAUCACAUCCAAAAAUCUUAUCAGUGUAAUUUUCUGUGAGGCUGUUGCUAUUUAUGGAGUCAUUGUGGCUAUCAUUCUUCAAACAAAGCUAGAAAGUGUCUCCUCAUCCAAUAUUUAUGAACCUGAGUCCCUCAGAGCAGGAUAUGCCAUCUUUGCCUCAGGAAUAAUAGUGGGCUUUGCAAAUCUUUUCUGCGGGUUAUGUGUUGGAAUAAUUGGAAGUAGCUGUGCUUUGUCUGAUGCUCAAAACUCUUCACUUUUUGUUAAGAUCCUUGUGAUUGAGAUCUUUGGUAGUGCACUUGGAUUGUUUGGCGUGAUCGUGGGGAUAAUCAUGUCAGCUCAAGCAACAUGGCCAUCUACGACAGGGUGAGUGCUUCUAUUGUCCACUAGGUUAUUAAUUUCCUGUGGUUGUAUGAUGUAUCUUCUUCUUUGUUGUAUUAUCCUUUAAUUUUUGGAUUGAAUUUCCAAUUACUUCGUUGUUCUGCAACCUUAUAUCGAUUUGGAAAUCCAGCCUUAAUUUUAUUGGAUUUGAUUGCAUUUCGUUCA